GAUAUUGAUGGGAAACAUAUUUGAAGCACAACCUUUUCGUAGUACUUUGGAGACCAUUCAGCUUCAGGGGAAAUAUUUACGUACAGCUUUGGAGCACAGUGCUUCCUUACAUAGUGUGUCUGAUCCAGAUGGAGGAUUUCUACAAGUUUCUGGAAUAAGGGUGAAAUACAACCUAAAUAAACCAAUAAACCAAAGAGUUGUAGAUAUUCAAGUUAUAUGCUCAGACUGUAACAUUCCGAAAUAUGAACCACUGGACAACAAUAAAAUGUAUGGGGUAAUUUUGUCCAACUUUAUACUAUCCGGCGGGGAUGGUUAUACAGUUCUCAGAGACAAUGCCCGACAAGAUCAUGUAGUUGGAAAUUUGGAUACAGAUGCUUUCGCUGCCUACGUCAAGGACAUGUCUCCAUUAUAUACCGCCAUGGAGGGCAGAAUAGAGUUCGUGGACAAUAACUAUCCGUGUGGAAUCAGCAGUGGCCCAGCAAUCACAAGGACUAACUACCACACUAUAUUAUCGUUAUUGUUAAUUAUGAUUUAUCAUGUUAACUGCUAGAUUUUGACAAAGGCUAACUACCACACUAUAUUAUAAUUAUUGUUAAUUAUGAUUUAUAAUGUUAACUGCUAGAUUUUGACAAGGACUAACUACCACACUAUAUUAUAGUUAUUGUUGGUUAUGAUUUAUCAUGUUAACUGCUAGAUUUUGACAAAGACUAACUACCACACUAUAUUUUAGUUAUUGUUUAUUAUGAUUUAUCAUUUUCACUGCUAGAUUUUGAUGUUUUGUUUACAAGUCUACAUUUAAACGUUAAAAUUUAAAGCGUUUUGUUUUUUUUUAUUCACAUGCAUUUCAUUUCAAGUGUGAUAUUUUUAUCCGUGUGUUCUCAACCUUAGUAUAUACACCAAGGUUAAAUAAUACAAUUUUUUUCUUUGCUUGAGAUGUAUUUUGUCUUAUUGUGUGUUUUUUGAAACUCAUUGUGCUACUGAUUUUGUUCUGACAUUUCUUGUUUUA